AGUUCCGUCAGUGCUAGCCGUGGCAUUAACGGCAACAGAACUCAAAGCUCGCGACGCGCUUCCAACUUAAAGUUUGCACUUUAUGUAUUAAUUAAUUUACAAAUUUUAAUGGCACUAAAUAUUACGCGCAGCUAAUAACAAAAACAAACAGCAGCAGUAGUUGUGAAAAACACGAGAAGCAAAAAACAAUUGCUAAAAUUAAAUCAAGCAAGCACAAAUUAUGGAAUUGAAAGCCUUGCCACAGAAUGGUGCCAAUGGCACCAGCAACGGUAACGCCAAUAGCCUUACCAAUAACAACAACAAUAGCAAAGACAUAAACGAAAAGGAGGCGCAAAGCGCUGAAAAUGAACGCACCAAUUGGUCAAAUGGUCUGGAGUUCCUCAUGUCCUGCAUAUCGGUGUCCGUGGGCUUGGGCAAUGUCUGGCGAUUUCCCUUUACGGCCUAUGAGAAUGGAGGUGGCGCCUUUUUAAUACCCUACAUUAUAGUAUUAUUUUUAAUAGGCAAGCCCAUGUAUUAUCUGGAGAUGAUCAUUGGACAGUUUACCAGCCAGGGCACCGUUAAGAUCUGGUCCAUUUGUCCAGCCUUUCUGGGCGUGGGCUAUGGCCAGGCCUUUGCCACCAUUUGCAUCAUCACCUACUACUCCUCAUUGCUGGCGCUGACGCUUUACUAUCUGUUCGUCUCCUUUCAAGCGGAGUUGCCUUGGUCCUACUGUCGCCCCGAGUGGAUCAACUGUGUGAACUCACGCAACGAGGAUGCGGCCAAGUCCUUGCUAAGCAAUGCCACGACACUUUUGUCGCCCUACGCCUCAGCGAAUAAUACCAAACUGCAAAGCAGCUCCGAGUUGUAUUUCCUAAACGUCGUUAUCAAGGAGAAAUUGGAUAUAAGUGAUGGCAUUGGCUAUCCGGAUUGGAAGCUUACAAUAGCGCUGUUCGUCUCCUGGGUGGUCAUCUUCCUGGUGAUAAUGCGCGGUGUGAAGAGCUCGGGCAAGGCGGCUUAUUUCCUGGCACUCUUUCCGUACGUGGUGCUCUUUGCGCUGCUGGGACGAGCUGUUACCUUGGAGGGCGCUGUCGAUGGCAUUUUGUUCUUCCUCAAGCCGCAAUGGGGUGAGCUGCUCAAUCCCACGGUGUGGAAAGAGGCCGUGGUGCAGUGUUUCUUCUCGCUGGCCGUGGGCUGCGGACCCAUCAUCAUGUUUGCCUCCUACAAUCGCUUCAGUCAUAGCAUAUACAGGGAUGCCAUGAUUGUCACUACUUUGGAUACGCUUACGAGUCUGCUGGGCGGCAUUACGAUAUUUGCAAUUCUUGGCAACUUGGCGCACAAUUUGCAAAUCGAUAAUAUACGCGAGGUGGUGCGCAGUGGCACGGGCUUGGCCUUCAUAUCCUAUCCGGAUGCCAUAUCGAAGUUUCAGGCGGUGCCGCAGCUAUUUUCGGUACUGUUCUUCUUCAUGCUGUUUGUGCUGGGCAUUGGCUCCAUAGUUGCCCUGCAGAGCACUAUUGUGACCAUUAUAUGCGAUCAGUUUCGCAGCUGGAAGUACUGGAAGGUGGCGCUGGUCACAUCCAUUUGUGGCUUUCUCAUGGGCCUGGUCUAUGUGACGCCGGGCGGCCAAUGGAUUCUAACGCUGGUGGAUUUCUAUGGCGGCACCUAUGUGGUUUUUAUUCUGGCCAUCUUUGAGCUGGCCGGCAUUGUGUGGAUCUAUGGACUGCAGAACUUCUGCGACGAUAUUGAGUUCAUGUGCAACAAGCGUGUUUCCAUGUACUGGCGCCUCUGCUGGGCCUUCUUCACGCCCGUCAUGAUGAUAGUUAUAUUUAUCUACUCAAUGGUCACCAUUCAGCCCAUUAGAUAUAGCGACAUAUACUUUCCACUCGCUGGCGAUGUUGCUGGCUGGCUGCUCUUUGCCGUGGGCGCUGCGCAGUUCCCACUUUGGGGCUGGUGGUAUAUGAGCACACAUAGGAGUGGCAGCUUUGCCAAGUCAUUUAUGUCAGCCAUGCGACCCAGCGACAAGUGGGGACCAGCGAAUCCAUUGACCAAGCGCGAUUGGCUGCUCUUCAAGGAUGAACUGCUGGCGAAACGCGCCACACAGGCAAAGUCCCAUAAGCUGAGCUUCUUCUGGCAGAAGCUCUGCAAUCUCUGCGGCAGUAGUAGUAACUAACUAACUAACUUAUUAAGCAAUAGAUCAAAAUUCAACUGUAUAUAAAUCUAUGGAAAUCACAAAACAUUUAUUAGCUUUUGUUAUCGUAUUGGCCCGUAUCUUUAGCUUUAAGCCUAGUCAAGAAACUAUUGUUUUUUUUUUUAUUGUUAAAGCUGUCGUGUUUUUUUUUACGUUCUCCUUUACUUAUAUUUUGCGUUGUAGUCGUUCAAAAACAGUUUAUAUUGUUAUUUUAUGUUACAAGCGUCGAAUUUAAUAAUAAUCUGAAAUUUGUAAGCUUAAAAUUAAAAGUGUUUAACUAAUCUAACCAAAGCUGACAUACUUUACGUAAGCUCUGUUGCCCAUUUUGAUUGCAAAUAAAAUUGUAUAAUUGACUACAAUAAAUUAAA